AAAACUGAUCCACGGGAAGAGGCCACGAUCAGCAGCACACAACAAAGCAGAGCAGCUUGGAAUCAAUGGCGGCUGCUCUAUCACCCGUCUUCUCUCCCCGCCUCAAACCCUUCUCCACCGUCCGAUUCCUCUCCCUCUACCGCAAACCAAACCCUAAGUCCAUUAUCCCCACCUCCAAACUCACAACCCUCACUUCCAACCCCCCACUUUUCCCCUCAAAAUUCAUUCUUUACUCCAUUCCUUCAUCCUUUUCUUCCACAAUUCCAGCAUCCAAUCGUCGGAGCUUCUGCACCAUUGUCGCUGGAGCUCUAUCUUCCGGCGAUGAAGUCGGUGAGUUUCGCAAAAAAUUGAGGAUUGUUGAUGUAAAGGGAGGGCCUGACGAGGGUUUGGAUCGACUAGGUCAGACUUUGGUUGUCAAAGGUUGGGUUCGGACUCUUCGAGUGCAGAGCAGUGUCACUUUCAUUGAGGUUAAUGAUGGUUCGUGCCUUUCAAACAUGCAAUGUGUGAUGAAUUCAGAUGCUGAAGGCUAUGAUCAGGUGGAAAGUGGCUUGAUCACUACUGGUGCAUCGAUAUGGGUGCAAGGGAUUGUAGUAGCCAGUCAAGGAUCAAAGCAGAAAGUAGAGUUGAAGCUUGAGAAACUCCUAAUGAUUGGAAGGAGUGACCCUUCCUUUCCCAUCCAAAAGAAAAGGGUCAGCAGAGAAUUUUUGAGAACCAAGGCUCAUCUUCGUCCUAGAACAAACACUUUUGGUGCGGUUGCAAGGGUGAGGAAUGCUUUGGCCUAUGCUACACAUAAAUUUUUUCAAGAAAAUGGCUUUGUUUGGAUAUCUAGUCCUAUCAUUACUGGUUCAGAUUGUGAAGGAGCUGGUGAACAGUUUUGUGUUACUACUCUGAUUCCAAGCUCUCAAGAACCCGCUGAUUCUAUGGCAAAUGCCAUUCCAAAAACAGAAAAUGGUCUUAUUGAUUGGUCGCAGGAUUUUUUUGGGAAGCCAGCAUUUUUAACUGUCUCUGGCCAACUCAAUGCUGAAACAUAUGCUACUGCUCUCUCUGACGUGUAUACAUUUGGUCCUACAUUUCGAGCUGAGAAUUCUAACACUUCUAGACACUUGGCCGAAUUUUGGAUGAUUGAACCAGAACUUGCAUUUUCUGACCUGAAUGAUGACAUGGCCUGUGCAAGUGCCUAUCUCCAGUACGUAGUAAAGCACGUCCUCGAACACUGCAAGGAGGAUAUGGAUUUCUUCAAUACUUGGAUUGAGAAAGGAAUUAUCAACCGACUGAGUGACGUGGUGGAGAAGAACUUUGUGCAGUUGACUUACACUGAUGCAAUUGAGCUUCUUCUUGGAUCAAAUAAGAAGUUUGAAUUCCCGGUGAAAUGGGGUUGUGAUUUGCAAAGUGAGCAUGAACGGUAUAUUACUGAAGUGGCCUUUGGUGGAUGCCCUGUAAUACUAAGAGACUACCCCAAGGAGAUAAAGGCAUUCUAUAUGAGGCAAAAUGAUGAUGGAAAGACUGUUGCAGCGAUGGAUAUGUUGGUUCCUCGGGUUGGUGAACUUAUUGGUGGAAGCCAAAGAGAAGAACGUCUUGAGUAUCUAGAAGAUCGCUUGGACAACUUAAAGCUCAAUAAGGAAAGCUAUUGGUGGUAUCUUGAUCUGCGGCGUUAUGGUUCAGUUCCUCAUGCGGGAUUCGGACUAGGCUUUGAAAGGCUUGUGCAAUUUGCAACUGGGAUAGAUAAUAUAAGAGAUGCAAUACCUUUCCCUCGGACUCCUGGCUCAGCUGAAUUUUGAUAUCUGGCCACGUGCACAUUUCAUUGCGGUUCCCAGGUUGUCUGCUAAAUUGCUUACACACAUGUAAUUUGUUCGCUUUUUCCAUGUCCUUUUCUUGGUUUUGUAAUUUAGAAUUAGGACAAUUGAAAUUUUGAUAUCUGGCCUGUAGAAAUUUAAUGUAUAAAGAGAAAUAAAGAAUUGUAUUAUUGAUUCAU